CUCACUGAGCAAUACACACCAACACGGAAACAGAAUAUCGCAGCCAUUUGCUUACUCAUGGUGAAACCUCCCGGUACUCGACUGUAUCUAGGGCACGAUUGUCUCACACAGGGAUUACUUAUAACGGGAUUAAUCAAGCCACACGUGUAACUGAGGUAUAGGCUCUGACAUUGCCAAUGUCAUAUGGCGAUUGCUGGGUUGGAUUUGCUUGUGUAAUAUAACCUACACACGACCCUGGGGUUUAGAGUAACAGCCAGGCUGGAGUGAGUCCUGAUGUGUUCAAGAGUUCAUCUUGGAGUAAAUUAAGGUCCACGCGAGGUCCCGUUUCACAGAUAGUGAUAGCCACACACACACCUCCCCCUACCGGCGUUCCUUCUAGUCACGUGUCAUCAGAACCCACACAGGGGCGGAUCUGAACACAAGAUAUCCAAUAUGGCAAGCAACGAACCAGACAAUACAAAUACAGGCACUGACGGAAGGGAGACGUACGACUUGAAGUGGGGCAUAUACAUUGAUAUCACCUACUGCAAGAGCAGGCAUGGCAUCCUUACUGCUGCUACAACGAUCAUUUCCCUGAUCGGAUUCAUCUGUAUGUCUGCCGGGCGUGCCGACAUCUACUGCGAUGCCGCGUACGGUUCCGGCUACAGCUUCUACGGCUUCGUCUCCAUGUCUGACUUCCUCACUGGCCUCAUCAACUACAUCAUUUUCAUGCUGGUUCUGUACGAAAAAAUCAUAUUCAAGUUUGUCCCCUGGAAGAUAUGGGAUCUCAUAUGGUCGGGUGUGUGGUCGUUUUUUUACCUCGUGGCAUCCAUCCUGGUGAUAGCACAAGCCUGUCGUCAGGGAGGGAACUAUGCAGCCGGGGUGUUCGGCUUUGUUGCAAUGGGUUUGCAUGUUGCCAUGGCUUACUUCGCCUUCAUAGCAUGGAAGGAGGAGCGCUCCGGGCCUGGAGGGGUGAACGGCCCACAGUCGACAAGCACCGGCCCCGAGUAUAGCGCCGAGAAGAACUCCGAACAGUACUAAAACUUCAUGUUGGGACGAGAUGCCAAGUCCACGAUUCCAUCAUCUUCAUCCGUAUUUUCACUUGAUGUCAUGUUGUUUGAGUUAUUACACAUUGCUCUCAUUAGAAUGUUUUGCAUUGGAAGCA